AUGAUGCACACUGUUCCCAACAAUCUGUUAGAGAAACUUCUGCAUAGCCAAAGUCACGAGAGUGUGAGUGAAUUUAUUGAGAAGCUGUUUGAUAAAGUUGAGUCCCUUGAGCAACACACUAAAAUCCAGGAUUCACAGGUUGAAGAAUAUGUUCUUCAGUUGUGGAACUGGGCUGUGACCAAAAAUGUUGGUUCAGCCAUAAAUGAGCAACAAAGAGCCAAAGUGCGUCACAUAGCUUGCCGACUCCUGUAUUUAUGUGAACCUGAGAACCCAUCAGAGAAAGCAAUUCGCAAGCAGAUUUUGAUGGCCAGUAAGACAGGAAAAACAUGGCUUGAAUGUAAAAAUCCCAAGCUUGCUGAUGAUUUUUUGAGCCAGGCUGUAACUAGCCUGGAGACUCUUUACUGCAGACUGAUAUCCCAAAGAAAUGAAGGUGCUGAUACCAACCUACCAAAAGCAGAUGCUGAGAAAGACCUGCUGCGGGUUCUUUCUUAUAAAGCUGAAUCAGCGCUUGCUCAAGAAAAUCAACAGGAGGCUGUUUCCUGUGUAGACCGAUGUAAAGAGAUGCUUCUGAGACUUCCCAAGCAGACUGGAUAUCUGUCCCUAAUUUGCUAUAAAUUUGGAGUGGAUACAUAUAAUAAAAAGAAGCUUGAGGACAGUUCAUUUUGGCUCAGUCAAAGCUAUGAUAUAGGGAAGAUGAAUCCAAAGUACUCUCAAGGGCCAGAAAUGCAAGCCAAAGUCCUGAGACUACUUGCUAGAGUUUAUUUGGAGUUAGACUGUCAGAAGUAUCAAGAUAAAGCUCUUCAUGCUGUGAGCCUGGCUAAUAAGGAAUACUUACAACCAGCAGGUAUUUAUCUGAAGAUCCGCAUUUUGCUAAAGAGUGGAACACCAGAUGAAGUUGUUAAAUCUGGACUAAAAGAAUUACUUGACUCUGAGGUUCAGCUGGAUGUGUGUCUUAGCACAGUAAAGCUGCUGACAGCAGAGGAUAGAGAAACUUUGGCCUUUGAUUUUCUGAACAUGGUUUGCCAACAUUUUGAAUCAUCUCCUGAGCUGGGCUCUGCACUUUUGUUGCAAAUUGAGCUGCUGAUGUUGAGAGGCAAAGAACUGCUGGCCAAACAGAAAAUUGAGGAUGCAAUCACAGGUCAUUAUGCAGGAAGGCAGUUAUCACCACACAGUCUCACCUCCCUCCACCUCCUUCUGUGGGAUAAAGCUGCUAAAAGCAUUGAGGCCAAAAACUAUUAUGAGGCUCUGCAGUGGUACAACUAUUCAUUAAGUUUUUACAAGGCGUGUGAGCUGGAUCAGAACCUGGCCAAACUGCAGAGAAACCGAGCUUCCUGUUUUUAUUAUUUGCGGCAACUAGACAAGGCUAAGGAAGCUAUUUCAGAGGCACUUAAGUGUGAUCCAAACAGCAUCUUCACACAUUUUAGUGUCUACAAGAUAGCGGUUCUGGAGAACAAUAUAGAGAAGGCUACUGAGGCUAUAGGAGAAAUUGGUGCACUAGCGCAGAUGCCUGUGCCCAGUGAAGAUAGGCUUUUUGUCUCUGAGAAUGCAGCAGCAAACCUUCUCAGCCUGGCAGCCCAAAUUGCUCUGGAUAAUAAACAGCAGGACACAGCCAUGAAAGCACUGGAACAUUUCUGUGAAGUCUCACAUGAUGUAGUCCAAGUGCUUACUGCUCUCAGGUGUUUAGUUCGGCUUGUGCUAUCAACAAUGGAGAAUGCGUAUGAAGAAAACAGGGAUGUCUGUCUAGAUGCGCUCUUGUUGUAUCUAAAGAUGGCACUGAAAAAUGUGUCCCGACUCAAAAAAGCACCUGGUCAAGGAGAGGUCCAUUGUUCUGACGAGGCCAACUGGUUCAGAAGGAUAGCAUGGAACACAGCCUUGCAGUGUAAGAGCAGUUCAGUUAGAAUGAGGGAUUUCUUUCUUCUGUGCUACCAGCUGUCACAGCUUUGUGUUCAAGAUAGAGGUGUGUUGAUGGGGCAGAAGAUAUGUUUGCUGAUGGUUGCUGCUGCCUGUCUGGACAUCUGCUGCAUGACUCCUCAGACUGAACAACAGACUGAGAUCCUUACCCAAGCUUUAGAGCACAUUCAGAUCUGCAGGGAGAUAUGGAGGGCAUUAAAAGCUUCAGGUGACUAUGCCAAAGACCCAACUGACACUAUAUUACUUCUUUACGAGUUUGAGGCACGAGCCAAGUUAAAUGAUCCCAAGCUUGAGAAUGUGUUUGAGUCAGUCCUGGAGCUUGAUAAUGUUGAUACCAAAAUUUUGGAGACAAUUGCAACCUUAGCAAUGAAACCCCCAGCCCACUUUCCUGUGGUGUGUAAGAAGGCUUUAACAAUUGCCCUCUCUCUACACAAGCGAGGUCCACAGGCAGAUCUGGCACGCUGCUGUUACUGCUUGCAUACUCUAAUCCAGCUGUCACUGCCCAGCGGUGUGUGCGAAGUGGACCACCGUAUAUUAGAGGAAGUGUGGGGUUACUAUGAGGAGGCCCUGUCCAUCAUUUCAGCUGCAUCAGAAGACUUCCCUGAACUGGAGAUCUUAUGGCUGUUGACUCGAGCAUGGAAUACAGGAAUUUUGCUCUACAGUCUGUCCCAGUAUCCUGAGGCUGAGAAGUGGUGUGGUUUAGGGAUCAGCUUCCUGCAGCACCUGGGUUCUAUGCAGGACAGCUAUCAGACUCAGAUGUCUGUUCUGUACAGUGAGGUACUGGACAGGUUGGACAAAGCCAAGAAGAACCUCAUAAUGGAGGAGUGAUGACUUUAGGUACAGGUUUUUGUAUUCUGUAGACUUGUGUGGCACUGUAUUGUAUAAUCAGAAUCAGAAAAUGUACAAUGCCAAAUUAACUGAAAGAUUGUUAUGCAACCUUCUGUAUAUGCUAUACAACAUAUUCUAAUAUUACAUACUGACUCUAUUGUUUAAUGGGGGAAUGGAAAAAGCCCAUGUUCAAAUCUCAACAGAACCAGUUUUUAUUAAUUCCAAACAAAUAAUUUUGUCCAGUCCAAAAAAGAAAAAUGAAAAAUAAUAAUAAUAAUAAAUAAACAAACAAAAUAUUAUAGAACUGACCACCUCAGGUUCCCACCUGACCAGGAUUGAAGACUUGUUUUCAUGUGCAUCAUGAUCAUUUCUGUAGUUACAAAAGGACUCUCUUAUACAAUCAAUGUAUGUGUGCUUUCACAGUAAUAACUAAUCAUCACCCAAGAAGACAAACAGGAACCCUUGUGCCCCACCCUUAAACAUGUUUAUUUAAUCUCUUCUCCACUGGAGCAAAAACUGAUCAGUACACACAGAGCCAUUCAGAAUCAAUGGAGGAUUCUGCAACCUCUAUAAAAAAAAAAUACAAUGAAUGAAAAUUCUUUGGGCUUUUACUGACAUGGCUGACUGACACCAGACACAAUAACAGUCAGCUGUUCCUUUACGCAACACCAGAGGACCACUAAAUGAAUUAGU